AUGGCUCGUACGAACAAGGCGAGUCACACGUCCUCCCCUCGUGUGUCAAUCUCCGACGCCACCAGCUCUCCAUCCCCGGGAGGCAGAGCCCGCCGCAAACCCAAAUCCCCCACCAAGGACAAGCGAGUCUCGUUUCAGCGCCACGCUACGCCUCAGACCCCCAUUCCUCGCGUGUUUAUAUCUCGCGCGUCUACGUCCCCUCAUCCAGCCUCACCUGCCGGUAUGUUUGAAGCAACGGAGACGCAGUUAGCCGACGACGAAUGCAGCCAGUAUGUGUCUGUUCACUAUGAAGAAAGUCAGGUUGUUGAGGACCACAAUGACGCUCACAACGCCGCGCAAGUAGUUGAGGAAGGCGGUUCCGUCACAGAGGACAGCAUGGACAACCAUAGCGAUAAGCCAGCGCGCGGAGGAGGGCCUGUCACGGCUGAGGCACUGGCUCUCCAUGAGGAGAUCCUGUGGCGUAUACCUGCAGGCCGCUUCGUUAUGGAUCGAGAGGACCAACUGGAACGCCGCAUACAGUCUGUGCAGAAUUCCGUCAAAGAAAUGGAGGCCUCGGUCUCGGCUUUAGAGAGAAUGGUCAGCGCCACCAAGUCCUCCAUCAACGAUGUUUUCAGUCGUUGGCAAGACGAAAAGAUGGAUUGGGGUCGUGUGCGAGAGCGACUGGCUAAGUCUGUCGAUCAAAAAGAUUCACUGGAGAAGACACUAGCGGCGGUAUGCCAGGAGCGUGACACCCUCCAGGCAGAACGAUUGGAGUGGACUCGGCAGCGGGAUGAAUUUAUCAAGGUUGUAGAUGCCAUUAAACAGUCCGUCAGCCAGUAA